AUGGCCGACGAAACAAAAAAGAUCCCUUACAUUUUGAAUGGAGGUAUAUUUAAAAUCAAAAAGCGGAAGGGCGACCGUGUAAUCGUGAAAUGCGUUUAUUGUCCAUCACAGCACCGGCUUCGCGGCAAUCUGGCCAAUGGCACAGGCAAUUUCCACCAGCACAUCAAACGACGUCAUCCAUUUUUGAUAGACAAAGUAACGAAAAUGAAAAAGGACAAGAAAGAGAAAGUCGCGGCAGCGAAGAUUGCAAAACGUAGACGCAAGUUAAGUUUCGAUGAUGAUAAGUCGCAGGAGUCUGACGGAGAAGAUUCUUCUUAUGAUAUGUUUAAUCUUGAUAAAGCUUUCAUAACAGAAUUGGAAGAUGGGCUCCGCUUGAUGCAAGAGGGCAACGAAAAAAACCUACUGAAGCUGUAA